AUGGGGAUUAUGUCUGAUAUUCGAAGCUAUUGGGAGCAGCAAUCCAUGGGAAGUCUUCGGUAUCGUGGCAGCAGCAGCCAUCGCAAUGCCAGCGGCGCCAUCUAUAACAGAAAUUCCUUCGCGAUUGCUUCUCCCGACGAGAAACGCAGCAAAGCUUUUGCCCGAGAAAGCGUUGUUGCGGGAUUUAAAGCAGCUGCCAUCGCGGCCGUACUCAGCGCGAUGCCUGUGGUAGUAGCUUGUCGCAAGAUUCCAUGGGCAAAGAGGAACCUAAAUCACACUGCUCAAGCGCUCAUCAUAUCCUCUGCAUCCAUUUCCGCCUUCUUUAUCACUGCUGACAAAGCUACUUUGGAGAGCGCAAGAAGCAACACUCACUACGACAAAACAGCUUGA